AUGAGCCGGCAAAGCUACAGCAUGCGAGCGGGAGGUGGGGGCAGAUCUUACAGCACUGCCUCGGCAAUUGUUCCCAGUGGCAACAGGGCUGCCUUUAGCUCCAUGUCUGUGGCACGAUCUGGAGGAGGUGGAGGUGGUUUUGGAAGGCUCAUCGGAGGAGGAGGUGGUGGUGGUUUUGGAAGCAGGAGCCUCUACAACCUUGGUGGUAGCAAAAGGAUCUCCAUCGGUGUUGGAAGCAGCUUCCGAGCUGCUUUUGGGAGAGGGCUGGGAGGAUUCGGUGGAGGGCUAGGUGUUGGCAGGAGCCCAGCAGGAUUUGGUGGUGGCCCACCUGGAAUCGGUACAAUCCAAGAAGUGACUGUCAACCAGAGUCUCCUGGCACCACUGAACCUGGAGAUAGAUCCAAACAUCCACCAAGUGCGAAAAGAUGAGAAGGAGCAAAUCAAGACCCUCAACAACAAAUUUGCCUCUUUCAUUGACAAGGUUCGCUUCCUGGAGCAGCAGAACAAGGUGCUGGAGACCAAAUGGACCCUCCUGCAAGAGCAAGGUCAAAAAAACAACACGGGCAAAAACAACCUGGACCCGCUUUUUGAGGCUUACAUCAACAACCUGAAACGGCAGCUGGCCAACCUGCUCAACGAGAGAGGACGCAUGGACGGCGAGCUGAAGAACAUGCAAGACCUCGUUGAGGAUUUCAAGAACAAAUACGAAGAGGAAAUCAACCGACGCACAGCAGCAGAGAAUGAAUUUGUGGUGCUGAAGAAGGACGUGGAUGCUGCGUACAUGACUAAGGUGGAGCUGGAGGCCAAGGUGGACGCCCUGACCGAUGAACUCAGUUUCCUCCGAGCCCUCUACGAUGCGGAGCUGGCUCAGCUCAGCGCACAAGUGUCGGACACCGCUGUCAUCCUGUCCAUGGACAACAACCGGGACCUGGACCUCAGCAGCAUCAUAGCUGAGGUCAAAGCUCAGUAUGAGGACAUCGCGAACAGGAGCCGGGCCGAGGCGGAGGCUUGGUACCAAACCAAGUUUGAGGAGCUGCAGGCCACGGCUGGGAAGCACGGGGACGACCUGCGCAACACAAAGGGGGAAAUCUCCGAGCUCAACCGGCUGAUCCAGAGGAUCCGCUCGGAGAUAGAGAACACCAGGAACCAGUGUGCCACCCUGCAGACGGCCAUCGGGGACUCUGAGGAGCGUGGGGAGCUGGCCCUCAAAGAUGCCAAGGCAAAGAUGAUUGACUUGGAAGACGCCCUGCAGAAAGCCAAAGCCGACAUGGCCCGGCAGCUCCGCGAGUACCAGGAGCUGAUGAACGUCAAGCUGGCCCUGGACAUCGAGAUCGCGACCUACAGGAAGCUGCUGGAGGGCGAGGAGAGCAGGCUGAGCGGAGAGGGACUCAACCCCAUCAGCUACUCUGUCAUCAGCUCCAGCUCUGCCAUAGCUGGAGGAGCUGGGUUAGGAGGAGGAUUUGGUGGACUGAGCCUAAGUGGAGGAGGUGGCGGAGGCGGUUUUGGUCUUGGAGGAGGCGGCGGUGGAAGCGGUUUUGGUCUUGGAGGAGGUGGUGGAAGUGGGUUUGGUCUUGGAGGAGGCGGUGGAAGUGGGUUUGGUCUUGGAGGAGGCGGCGGCGUUGGAGGCUACAGCUUUGGAAGUGGAGGAGGACUUGGACUCGGAGGCGGUGGUGGUCUUGGAGGUGGAUUUGGAGGAGGCAGUGGUCUCAGCAUUGCAAGUGGUGUUGGCCAUGGUGGAGGAGGCAGCAGCAGUCUGAGCACCAGCGGAGGGAAUUUCAGCUCUGGAAGUGCAAAAGGCACCAACCCAGGUGUGAAAAUCGUCUCUAAAACCUCCUCCAGCAAAAAGAGCAUAAAAAGCCAAAGCCUGAAGAACGCUACACAGCCCGAGUAA